UCUGUGGCUCUCUUCACUGCAUAGAUGGACUGUACAAGAGGGCUGUGAUGUGCUUGUCUGUUUUGUAGCAUGUCCCUCCCCCACUGAUAUCAACAUUUGCCUGCCCACAUGGUCCUCAUUCUCCUCCAUUCUUUGAACUCGAGUCAAGGACGACAUAUGUAGCCAGCCAAGAGGCUCAGGAAAGUUUGUUGCACCUUAGCUUGCCAUGAUCUUGAGGAUGGAGACGAUGGCACACGGCACCCCACAAGCCAUGUGCUGAGCCCAUCACCUAUGAAACCAGCCAAGACUGCAGCCGAAGCGACUUCACUUUACGUGGGACACUGGGAGGCCGGCAAUCUCUUUCAUCAAGACCAUCUCAGGGAAGGAUCUAUUGCCUGCCAGGUUGUGGGACCCGAGGCUCAAGAUGUGCAGCAUGAACAGGACCAGGAGGUGGAGAUACAGGAUGGUGGGUUGGGCUGUGCUUCCUUGGAGGUGGGACUCUUAGGUGCUGCUUUCCCUACUUAUUCUCCUGCAUGGAAACCGCAGCCUCACUUGUCGUUUGGCGGCUCUCCUCUGAACAGCCUCUCGUUACCAGGAUGUCUGCAUCGGACCGGGUAGUGCUGGUGCUUGGCGGAGCUGGCACAGUGGGCUCUGGCAUUGUCAAGGUGCUGCUGGAGAAAGGCUUCCAGGUUGCUGUCAUUUCUCGAGACAGAAGCAGAUUGGAGAAGCUGAAACAGUUUCUGCCUCCAUCAGCCUGCCAGCGCCUGCACACCCUGGUUGGGGACGUAGGUUCUGAGGAAGGUGCAGAGGCAGCCAAGGAGGCUCUGCUGAAGAGCACUGGGAAGGUGACGGACGUGGUGUCCUCCUUGGGGUUCAGCUGGUGGCAAGGGGGUCCCCCUCUCACUCAGACCCUGAAGGAGCUGCAUCGGGUCCUGGACACCCUCCUUCUCAGCACCUUCACUGCCUGGAAGGCCUUCUUCCCUCUUGUGAAGGACAACGCAGAUGGAACCUACACUUUCAUCACGGGAGGGGCUGGGGAGCGUCUACUCAUGCCAGGCACAGGCUUCCUGACACUGGGGGCUGCAGGGGCCUUGGCCUUUUCCCUCAUGGUCCGUGAGGAGUACCCAGACAUUCCCUGCAAGCUGAAUGAGGUGAAAAUCAACAUGGGUGUGACGACGCCAGAGCGCUUGGGCCCCGGGUAUGUGAGCCACCUGGAGGUGGGAGAGGCCGUGGCUUCCCUGGUGGACAAGAGGAUCGUCUCACAUACGGUGCUGAGCGCCAGCUCACCUGCUGACCUCAAGACCCUGGCGCUGGAAGGGAAGCUUUGAGGCGCCAGUUAGGAGACUUGCCAGCCAUACCCACCCAUAGACCCUCCAAUUAUGCCACCCCCCUGUGUCUCUCCUUGGUGCAUGACUGGUAGGGAAAGGGUGCUUUUCUGCCCUGAGGCUCCUUCUCCCCUGCUCGGGCCCUCCUUCGGAGCCCAAUGACCACCAGAAAGGGAGCUUCAACAUCACACAUAGAAACCGGCAUGAGCCACUUCAGGGAGGUAAUGGAUCAUCUGGUGGUGGAUCUGGUUGAGAGAGGGAGAAGCUCCUCUGACCAACCAAACCUGACCCUCCCCAGGGAAGCUUUGGUCCUCUAGCUGGUUGCACAUCAACAGUCUGCACAGAGAGUAUUGUGGUGGGUGGGCUUGCAAGACUGGGUAGGGAUAAGGAGAAA